AUGACGACGCUACCACCAAACCGGACGCCUAAUGGGACGAGUAAUCGAGAAUACUCAGAAGCAAGAACUGUUAUAUUACUCGUCAAGAAACCCAAUUUUACACAAGUCGAUCACCAUAAAUGGCUUCUUAAACGACUCUUUAAACCUCUUCGUUACGAAAAAGACGAGAACAUUCAAGUUUUGUACGUAUCAAAUACAAAACUCAGCACUCUAAUUAGAUCUCAAAAUGAAAGGAAAGCAAAUGAUGUGUACACACCGCAGAAUUUACCUGAUCUUCAAGAGGACGGUGAAAUUUCUUAUAAACUAAUGCCGAAUACUCGUAUUAUCACGUUAUGUACAAAAUAUCGUAUGAUAUUUCUUUUGGAUGUUACAACUUCAUUGGCAACUAUUUAUUAUAACAACACAAAGGGCGUGCUUAUAUCCGAAGCAAUAAAAGUCCUAUAUCGGUGUAUUGAGGGUCUUGUGCAGCCUUUUAUUAUUCAAGACUUGGAUAGAGAUAAAGCAUUGCAUUUUGAACCCGAAAUAUCGAUUACCGUUAUAGCCGAAAGUUCUCAUUUCGCAUCAAACGCAAAUUUACUGCCUAUGAUUAGGGACUUUCCGACUAUGAGAGUUCUUUUAAAUGGUGUUAUCGUGACAAAAAACAAUGUGACUGAUAUAAUCAAUAAUCUGCACACAGAGCUCACUAAUUUUCAACAAGAGGUGGCGGAAUUGCGGCAAAGGCUUUGCAGGGCUAAAUUUCCAGUAGCAUAUGAGAUGGACGUGAUUGGAUCAAAGACUGAAGAUGAUGUUGAUGCUGAUACUUUUAUGGAUAAUAAAAAAAACUUAUGGAGAUUGGGAUCGAGUGGCGCAAAUCUUGUUUAUAGUCUCAAUGCUGGUUUAUUUGCUAAGAGCUUACUACCUGAUGAAGGAUUUCCUUCUUUAACUAUUAUUACAGAUGGUGUUGUUAAAUCAACUCUCGAUCACAUGUCUGCGGAUGAUGACAUCAUACAACAACUUUGCAAAGAGGGCAUAAGAUGCAAUAUCAUUCAGGUUGGAUCGCAUCAGGGAUUUGAUCCAUGUUGCAACUUUGGAUUACUUCCUGACAUUGAGGUUCUUCAAUUUGUUGCUACAGCAACAUCCGGCGUUUUCCUAUAUUCUGAAAAAUGUCCAGACAUUUCUGAUAUUAAUUCAUCUAAUUCAUCCCUUUCGCAAAGUGAGCAUCGCUCAUUCAACUUUUAUCAUGAACAAAUGCUUAUUAGGGAGACGCACUUUGUCAAAAAGAGAAAUCAAGUGAGAUAUUUGAAUAGUGCUAGUGAUUGUAAUUCGUAUAAUUUCCCUUGGGAUCCAAGAAGCCAACCUCCUGAGGCUGAAGCUAUGCCUGCACGAUUUCUAGAAUAUUCUAUAUUUGUCGAUGUCCAACAGCUCAUAUCUAUACGAAUGCGUCAUGGAUUCAACGUUGAUAAUAUAAUUUUGAGUCCAGGAAAGGGUAAUAAUAAGGCAGAGGUGAUUACUAUAGCAAUGUCGAGACUUUGGUUACCAGAUGUUACUAUUCAGUAUAAAAUUAAAGGACAAUGGACUGGUGAACUGAAUGGAUUAUCUCGACUUAAAGCUCCUAGGAUUGAGAUCCAUGUUCUUGCAGAUACUGAGUUAGAUAUCUAUCUGCUUAAUUUUCAAACUGCUCGACAAAAUAAUGAUCCGAAUCACCCGCUUUUUUGGAAGUUCACGAGAUUAUAUAAUUUUUUGACAACUAUCUUAGAAACUGAUGAGCUUCUCAAGAAGCUUAAAACUCCUAAAGACAAUAACAGGUUACAAUUACAACGUUCAAUUGCACCAAUGAAUAAGUUGGAGGUUUUAAAGCAAUUAUGGAAUACUGAGCAGAGUUCUCGUAAUAUUAAUUUUUGGUAUGAUGACGCAAAAAUUGAUUUUUUAAUAUCAACGGAAACAUUACAAUCAAACAUGAAUUUGGAUAUGUCUUCUGAAGCUAAACAUAUUUCAGCAAUAAUUGAAGAACGAUUAGUAAUAAUCAAAAAGUAUUUAUCAAAAUGGUCUACAUUUACUGCAUCAGAAAAUGUAUUUGUGAAAUUCUUUAACCAAUUGGAUACUGAAAAAAUAUCACCAAUCAGUUUUUGCGAGCUAAGGAUUAAGCAAGAAGUUGGCUAUCUUGUCACAAUAAAAUUUUCUUUUUUCAAUGUUGACAAUUUACGCCGUCAAAAAGAGAUGAUUUAUAUAACCAAUUUAAUUAAUGAUCUCGACGGAAAGAACGAUAAAAACAAAAAUUAUAAUAUUUGUCGGAGACCUUUGUCUUCGUUCUUCGUGCGUAAUAUUGAUUAUGAGCUUAAUGAAAAGGACAUCUCAUUAGAUCGUCAGUUUACAGGCAGAAAUUGCGUAAUCAGGUCUUAUUUAAGACAUUCUCGAUGGUCUUGGUUAUCAGACCUUGAAAAAGAUAUUUCUCUAAUAAAUAAAGGGAUUAUAACUAUACAAAAAUUAGCUUUUCAGUAUCUCUGUCAAGCACGAUCUGAUGAAGAUUUUUUAUUGGUUUUCGAACAUAAAAAUAAAAAAAUUUUCUAUCAUGAAUUAGAAUUCUCAAAGGAGGACUCAGAUACUUCAUCUGUAGAUCAAAAAAUUGUAUGUGGUGUACAACAUCAUAUUUUUAUUUCUGAUACCGAAAUAAUAACAGAACUUUGGGUAGAACCUUUACAACAUUCCCAAAUGAAAGUUCUUUAUGAAUCAUUUGCCAAUAAAAUAUUUGCUGCGGAUAGAUUGAAAUUAUCACAAUUAGUAACAUUUGAUCAAAUUAGUUAUAUCGCAAGGUCUCGUGCAAAACAACAUCCUCAGACUUUGGCCUUGUCUACACCAAAAACGUUUAAUCUGUCAAAAUUAUUUCAAUUAGUUGUAUUGCUUCGCUCCAGUGGGUUAAUCAUCGCAAAUUACAAUCUUCCUUUAUUUUUGUAUGGACAAUCCAAUUAUAGUAUGUCACAACGUUCUGCUAUUAGUGCGCAACAGGCUGAAAAAUCAAUUUCUUCUGGAAAUAAUGAUUCGAAUUACAAUGAUUCUAGAGUUAAAUCAGAGAGUAGUCCUUAUCUAAGACAUGGUAGCAUUAGUCAUAGGAGUUCACCUUUUGAAGCGACUACGCAGAGAAAACUUUCUAUUUCCGUUCUUGAUUUCAAUAAAGAUAUGGCCCAUUUCGUUGAUCGAGAUUUAAUUGCAAAAUUAGAGCCAUCUGAUAAGGAUUUUGCUUUACUACAAUUGUUUAUUGAGAAAAAUUUGAGCAAGUAUGCUGAUGGUGAAGUUGACAUGACUAUCGAUAAUUGUAAAGAUUCAGUUAUUUUGAAAAACAUAAACAACGGACUGUCAAUGACUGAAUUACUGAAAGACACUAUGACGACUGUCGCGUAUGCGUUAAAUCUUCACGAGACUCGAUGCUUUAUUAAAAUCGUGAACUCUGGUUCAUUCCUUCUUAUUUUCAUACCUUCUUUUAAAGUAUUGUUGGAUGCGAUGGUCCAACAGAAUGGUAUAUGUACAGAAAAUAAGAUUACAUAUUUUGGGAUACUAAUAUUUUUGUGCAAACGACCAGAACCAUCGCUUGGUAACUAUCCCCGUGAAUCUUCCUAUGUAAACCGCGAUCAACCACUUGUUUUCGAGCCUAUAAGCAUUAUUCAUAGUAGUUCAAUUCUGGCGAAUAGUCCAUUGGAUCCAAUAUUACUUGGUUGCUCUUUUCCUGAAUAUCCCAUGAAUUUUACUAGUUCUGAUAUUUCCAACCUGGUAGCAAAAGAAAUUCACAAUGUUACAAAAAUAUAUGCACGUGGAUUUAUUAGAUCAAUAUACGCUAGUGUUUUACAGAAACAUAAAAUCACAAAAAACGAUUUCCGCAAAGCAAUUGAUUCAUGUGCACACUUUUAUACGGAUAUUGAUAUUACUGGAUAUGUCAAUGUUCAUGUACAGGCAUCUCGUCAGGAUUCAGAUUGUGAAGAUGCAAACGACAUCUACCAAAAAUUUGUCGCCGUGCUUGGUUAUUACUUUGAACCGGUUACUUUUGCUGAUUGUGAAUCAGAAAAUAGUUAUUAUUAUUAUCGACCACCAUUCAAAAAAUCAAGUAAUUCAUCAGCUGACACUCAUGAUUACGUCACAGACAUCCCUGGAAGCUUUUUAGAGACCUUCACCUGCGCAGAAAAUCCGCUUUUCAUUCGUUUAGAGUGUAUUUUUAGGAAACCCACGAAGACCAUCCCAAAAACUGAGGAUACAAAUCUAAAUCAUAUUGGGCCUGAUGCAGGGAAAACUGAGCCUGAUAAAUUUGUCCAAUUUCCCAUCUCUAUUUUGCCAACAUCUUAUUCUUGUGUUAUUGAUGGAAUAUCAUGUGACUUUUCUCCCGAGUCUAUUGGAACAGAUGUGUCACCGGUGGAAUCUUCUGAUGGCACCAAAGCAACUUUGCGUCUGAUAUGCUUGACUUUGCCUCAAUUUCACGAAGCCAACAAUUCCCGUUCGACUGAACAUAAAAAUGAUUUGGGCCAAACAAGUACAAAUUCAAACAAGUUUUUGUAUGAAUGUCUCAGUGAUGAUAAAAAGGAGGCUUUAAAUGAAACUCAAAGUCGCAUCGAUUGGCUUACGAAAGAAGAAAUAAUGCAUAUGCUCUUAAAGUCACAAUCUGUCGAUCGUUCAUUAUUAUCAUUUAUUCAAACGCAACUACGAAACAAAAAUCCUUUCGUGGAUUUCCCAACAACAUUCAACAUUCCUUUAUCAUUUGUUCGUCGAAAACACGGAAAGCCUGGUCAUGAAUUAUUUCUGGAAGCAUUAAGCAAAGCAGAUAUGAAGCCAUUUACACUAAAUAAAGUUGAAGAUUGUUUCUAUAUUAGCGAGGAUGAUGAAAUUGGAGAGUCUUUAGUGUCUACUGACAGUAGAUGCGAAGCUUCUCCUAUAUUUGGAACAGCUCUUGAUGAUGGUGAAAUAACCGAACAAUUAGUCCCUCAAGUUCCUGUGUUUGAUGAUUACCCUGAUGAUGGAGAUGAUGGACUUGGUUCAGGUCUCGGAAUUAGCAUUGGUAUUCCUGAGGAGGAUGAUGAUACACCAGAUCUCGCUUUAAAGUCAAUUAAGCGGAAUGUCAUCCACAAACAAUUAUUCUGGCUGCUUUUUAUACCUCAAGAAACUAGCAUACAAAUGUAUUUUUACUCUCAAGCAAUAUCUGCGAAAAAACGAUCCGACAUUAUUAAGCAUGUACGAAGCUGUGUUAUACAAGUGUCCGAACGUGUUAAUAGAAUAAUUUUAUUGACUGACCUUAAUCAUACCCAUAAUUGCAGUAAAUACUUGGUACCACCUAAUCCUGAUGACUCUUCAGAUUCUGAAUCUUCAUCUGAAGAUAAUGAUUUAUCCACUGGAGAUAAUUAUUUGGUCGAUGUACUUUCAAAAACACAAGACGACGAUGGCCAACUUAACGUUUCUAAAAAGUUCAAAGUGGGUCAAUUCGAAUGUCCUUUGGUGUUUAAACAAAAAUUUCCGCUUCAUUGGCGAUUAAAACCGAAUAAUGCUAUAAGGGGAAUUGAGUCUAGUGUUCUCAAUUCAUUCGCUGUUAAUAACCGAAAGCAUAUGUUUGUCUAUGCUAAAGAAAAUUCUAUUGUAUAUAUCAAGAUUUCGGAAGUGGACACUUCAUCAACUUCGUCAGAUUAUGAGAAAAUUGACGAAGCUUCUCGAUCUGCGAGCUCCUCCCAAAUUAUCCAUCCUACUAGCACUACUCAAUCUGAAACGUCGUCAAUUAACGCUGCAGAGGAAUCUCGAAGAUCUCCAUCUAACAAAAGUGGUGGCAGUCCCAAAACCUCUACUAAUGCUUCACCUGGUCGAAAACCUGCAUCCCAACAACGUGUUUCAGAAUCGAGGGAGUUAGUAGUUGAGGUCUUUGGAAUAGAUCCACCUGGCAAAGAGAUCACAGAAGAAUUAAUGGCUUUGCUGGAAAAUAAAUUGAUGACCAAUAUCACAUUGACUGCUAUGUCAACUUUUCUUGUUCGUAAUCCUAAGUUCAACCCUACUCGGGAGGAUGUAGAUUUCAUUUUGCCAGUUAUGAAAACACCUAACCGUCUUUGUUUAACUAUUCCAUCAUCGAUUAAAACUGUCUAUACAUUGUUGGUAUAUUUCAAGCAGAAUUUAUCUCAUUAUCUUAAAGUGUUUAGUGGUGUAGAAGUUACAAGUGCAAUCGAACGUCAUCAUAAUACGACAUAUGGUGUUUCAUACAAUAGAAUUUCUAACAUAGAUGAUGGGAGGAAAUCGCCGAUUUCAUCUUAUGAUAUUCAACUUUAUGAAUUUUCAUUUUACUAUAAUAACAACACUCAACCUCGUUCCUCCAAUUCUGCUUUUGAAUUAUCGGUUGGUGAAGGAAUUGCAGGACUUUGUAUAACUUUAAUAGAUCGCAAUGGUCCUGUGUUUGAAUUGCCUAUAUCAGAUAGAUCUGUUAUGGACGAUACAGAUAUCCCUGGAAGCUUUUUAGAGACCUUCACCUGCGCAGAAAAUCCGCUUUUCAUUCGUUUAGAGU